AUGGUGUCUAACGAAUUUGCUGCAUCCAUAUCCGGGUACCAGUUCUUCUUGUUAGCCAUUCUGUCUGCUGUGUUCUUCCUGAGAUGGUUCUUGUUCUUCAAGCAGAAAUUGAAGAACCAAGUCAUACCAGAAUGGCCUUUACUGGGCUCCCUCCCGUCGGUAGCCCGAAACUUUCGGAGGCUCUCUGACUGGUUCACUGAAGUUUUCCUCACUCUCGGCACCAAAACCUUCUACUUGAAGGGCCUCUUUUCAAAGCUCGACUACGUGAUCACUUGCGAUCCGCACAACUUCGAGUACAUGCUCAAAGUAAAUACUGCCAACUACCCAAAAGGGGAGGAUUUCAGGCAGAUAUUCGACAUUCUCGGCGAAGGUAUAUUUAACACAGAUUUCGAGUCAUGGGCAACGCAGAGGAAGGCUUCACAUUCGGCUUUCAGACUGAUUGAGUUUCGGAGCUUCGUCAGCCACACGGUCCAGAAGCUAAUUGACGAAAAGCUUCUACCUUUGUUAGCCAAUGUGGCUAGAGAAGGGUCUGCAAUCGAUUUGCAGGAUUUGAUUCUGAGGUUCACCUUUGACAGUAUUGCCAUUACAACAUGGGGAAAGGAUCUUGGGCUUCUUUCUCAAGAACUUCCUGCUACUGUAGCUGUUCAAGCCAUUGAUGACGCACAAGAAGCCAUAAUUUGCAGAAACUUCAUUCCUACCUUGAUUUGGAAGCUUAUGCGUUUGUUGAAGAUUGGGUCAGAGAAGAAGAUGGCCAAAGCGUGGGAAGUUGCUGAUAACAUCAUUCUGGAUAUAAUUCUGGAGAAGAAGGAGCAGCUGCUUAAUGGUACUGAUGAAUCAGGGAAGAAUAGUCUACUGUCUAUCUUCAUCAGGUCUCAAGGACAGGAAAACGAUUGGUCCAAAUCCAGGAUGAAGUACCUGAGAGACAUGAGUCUGAACUUUAUUAUUGCCGGAAGAGAUACUACAGCCUCUGGUCUUGUCUGGUUCUUCUGGUCAGUUUCUAGGAAUCCCCAUGUGGAGGAAAAACUCCUGGAAGAAUUAAAGCUUGCAUUCGCUAAGAAGAAGGGUAAUGGAGAAGGAAAGAAGCCAUGGGUAUUUGAUUCAGAGGAUUUAAAAGAACUUGUGUAUCUGCAUGCAGCAAUUUGCGAAUCACUAAGGUUGUAUCCUCCAGUUCAUACGCAGAAGAAAAGUCCCAUGAAGGAGGAUAUCUUCCCUGAUGGCACCACUGUGAAGCCAGGGAUGCAGAUACUGCUCUCAAAUUAUGCUCUAGCAAGGAUGCCUUCUGUGUGGGGGAAAGACUGUCUGAAAUUCAAGCCUGAGAGAUGGAUACGUGAGGACGGGACACUGAACAAUGAAAUGAUCUCCAAGCUGCUAUUUGCAUUCGGCACUGGGCCAAGAACUUGCCUGGGUAAGGACAUGGCUUUCACUCAGAUGAAGAUGGCUGCUGCAGCUGUUCUCUUCAACUACAGCAUUCAAGUUGUGGAGGGUCACCCAGUCUCCUUGAAACAAUCCGUUAUUCUUGAGAUGAAGGAUGGGUUGAUGGUCAAUGUAAAAGAAAGAGACAGUUGGUGUCAAUAA